UAGUAGAAUGCAUUUGUUUCAAUUACUCGCCAUCGCCGUGUAUUUUUCCUUGGUUGGUCUAUCCCGUGCAACAUAUACGGUAUAUCCGCCGGAAUACGACCUCACGGACGAGCAGGUGAAGACCUUUAUCGGUUGCAUUGCCCAGACCAUGGACGAAAAAGAUCCCAAAAGCCGGUAUGAUCCAGUUUGUGCUACCGAUGGUUUCAGCUACUACAACCAAUACUUGCUCGGAUGCCUGACAGAGCUCGUUCCGUCGGUUCAAUUUUCCUUCUUCGGCCGCUGCCCGAAUGAGCCGAUCUUUAGGCCGAUGGAAUCCAUCCGCGAUUGGUGGCUUAUGCCGGAAGGCAAUCGCAGAAAGUCCCAAUCUUGCAUGAGUCAGUGCGAGAAGUUAUUCAAGCCGGUCUGCGGUACGGACAAGAAAUCAUACAGCAGUGAUUGCGUUCUGGGCUGUGUCACGGAAAUAGCGCCGCACAUUACCAAAUCCUACGAAGGUUUCUGCACGCAGGAUAUGGUGGUCCAACAGAAAUGUCCACCAAUACUGCAACCGUUCUGCGGUACGGAUGGUGUUACGUACCUGAAUCUGUGUCAUCUGCGCUACGCUGCCGCAAUGCUUCCGGGGUUAAAGGAAGCUCACCUGGGCGAUUGCGUGCGACGGUUGGAUGUCAUCCAGAAAGGGUUCGAUCUGCAGACUAAUCUGAAAUCGGAAAAGCACGGUUGAUGCGGCGGCGGAGGCUGCGUGAAGUGAUUUUUGUUGCUUUGAUCUAGAUUAUUCUUAAGGUUCUUUGUCGUCACAGGUAGCUCCACUAUUUUCGUUCAUUAAUACUGUUUACAUUUUUUGACGUAGAUUCGGUUCACUCGAAUUUGCGCGUAAACAAUGUUGGCGAUCUGUAGCAAAUGAUGAGCAGUAGAGCUCAUUCGUGACGUCAUGGUAGAGCUUUCCAUACAACCAUUUAAAAUGUUUAAUUAAAAGUGAAUAAAAUCCAGAUGAAGUGACA